AUGAAAAAAAAUGACAUAGGAUAUGGAUCAAAAAAUGGAAUCAACAAUGUUACAUAUGGAGAGGAUAACGCUGAAGAGAAAGGGAAUUCCAUGGAUAAUGCUGAAACUAGGAUAAGUAAUGAAGAUGCUCUUUUUCACAUUAAGGAUGGGCUUACACAGCUGGAAAAAACGUUGAAGGGAGAUGGAUAUGCAUUUAGCAACCUAAUUUGUAAAAAUAAAAAUUUGGAUCAUAUUCCAAAAGAAAUAGAAAAAUAUAUACACUUGAAAUACAUAAAUAUGUCUCAUAAUAAAAUCGAAGAUAUAGACAUGUUAUAUGAGUUAAAUAAUGUGGUUUUUUUAGACAUAUCCUAUAAUUUAAUUAAAAAUUUAAAAAAAAUAGCAAGUCUUUGCUUGAAAAACUGUGUAUAUUUAAAUCUGUCUCACAACUUAAUUAAAAAUGUAGAAGACAUAAAAAUGACAAAUAUCAUUGAAUUGGAUUUAUCUUAUAAUAAUAUAGAAAAAAUGAAUAUUUACUUUUCUAAUACUGUGAAAAAAUUAAAUCUAUCUAAUAAUAAUAUCAGCAAUUUAGACUUUAAAAACAAGUUAAAUGAUUUGGAAUCGUUAGAUUUGUCAUCUAAUCCUAUUAAAAAUUUAGAAUUCUUUGAAAUUACGCCAAAUAUAAAUUAUUUAAAAAUUAACAACAAUACUACAUUACCUAUUAGUCAGCUGGCUAAUUUAAAUAGUUUCAAGGGGUUACAAUAUUUGGAUAUGCAAAAUUAUUUAUAUUUUAAGGAUAUUUCAUAUGAGGAGGUUAUGCAAAUUCUUAUAAAGAAUACGAAGGAUAUUAAGUUGAAAAUGUUUAAUGGAAAACUUAUAGACAACAAGGCGUAA